AUGAUUAAUAAUACUAAGGAGAACACCGAUCUGUAUACCCCAGAACAAGACAACUGGGUGCAAUGUGAUCGGUGUGAAAAAUGGAGGAAACUUCCGGUCUAUAUUGACAUGAAUAACUUACCCAAAAUAUGGUACUGUAAUUUGAAUACGGAUACCAGAUAUAAUUCUUGUGAUGUAGAAGAGGAAGUAGCUACUAAUAAUUCAGAUGUAGCAAAAAAUUUCUUUUCAGGGCACUUCAAUGUUGGCCAUCUCAGUACUGACGUGGAAAGGGGUCUACAUUCAGACGAUGUUACUCUUACGGAUGGACGCAGCAACGCGACUCGUCUUAUCGAUCCCAGCGCUUGUGCUCAUCAUAUAGAGGAACAGUAUUCAGUGGAGGGGAAAUCCUUCCACGCGAGUAGUUCCCAUGCCUAUGUUGCUAAGGAGCAUGAUGAGUCCAACGCAAAUGUGAUCAGGGGAUCUCACCAUAGUAAUAUCAACCAUGGUAGUGGUAAUCAAGACAACAAUAAGCAUUACAAUGAUGGUAAAAUUUUCUCUUCCCAUCCUGAGAAGCAGUUCUUUACACAUGGAGAAAAAAAUCCAGGGGUGGAACUGAGUAACACCGUUGCUUUUCCGCUUAGCAGUUCGAAGGAUGUGAAUGAUCCAAAGUGUGAAAGCAAAAAUGUACACAUGGGAAGUAACGACAAACGUGUGGACAGCCAUUUCGGCAUGCAUACCACACAAGUUAGUAUAAAUACCAAAGGGAAGCGCGAAAAACAAGGCGCGAUGUUACCAAAGAAGCCGCACAAGCGGGAAGAGGGGGAUAGGGGAAGUGGAAUUCCAAGUUGGAACAACACAAAUGGUGGCAUGACGCCCUUCCUCAACCACGUUAAUGUUAAUAUGAAUGAAAGUUAUUUGAAUGAGGCUGAGGGGGAAGACGAACAGCGCACCCCCUGCUGUAAGCCAGAAAAUGACAUCCCCAAUGUAGGCACCAAAAGUGGGAAGAAGAAAAAUAAGGACACAAAUGGAGGUACCAAUAAAGGUACAAAUAAAGGUACAAAUAAAAGUACAAAUAAGGGCACCAAUAAAGGCACUAAUAGGGGCACCAGUAAGAACGCCUAUAAGAUUGCGAAUACUAAUAGGCGGAAAAAGCUUUUAGCGCGGCACAAGCGAAACAACAGUGAUGGAGAGAUAUACGAGAAUCAAAGACUCAAGGAAGAGUAUCCCCAUAACAAGAUGCACGCGAGCGACACAGAUAUGAACACAGCCAGCAACGUAAGAAGGUACAAGAAUUUUAAGAAAAAUGCAGGCAGUUCGGCCACCCCGUUUUAUUCCUUUAUGCACUCGAUCGUUAACAUAAAUUUGAAAAAUAAAAUUAAAAAAUCUUUGGGGAAGGAAAAAAGUAAAAAAAAGGGAAAAGAAGAAUUUCUCAAGGGAAUUUCCACCUGCGAAGUGAAGGAAAAAACGGAAGAUAGCAAUGAGGAUGGCAAUGAGAAGAGGGUUAAAGUGUCAACAGAUAAAAAAAGUGCUAAGAAAAAAAAAAAAAAAAAUGAUCGAGCAGAUGGCCCAACGAAUCCCCAAUUGGAAGACGACUCACACAGUAGUGUUAACUGUAAUAGAGGGGUGUCAAACGGGGAUGACAUCCUCCAAAAUGAGAAUUGGCACAUAACGAAUCAACGCCUCGCCAAGGGUGAGGAAGAAGAAGAAGCAGAAGAAAGGAUCCACGUACACAAUGGGGUUAUCUCGCACACGAAUGUUGCGCAGAAUUAUAUGACCUUGUCAAACAAGUCGCCUGAUUUAGGAAAGAAAAAUUCAUCGAAGAAGGAACAUCCCGAUGUACAUUUUGGGAGAUCUUCGAAUGACCAAGUCAAUACCCCCCUCUUGACUCAACCGAACAAUGUCAUCGAGGAAAAUCCAUGUAACUCCACCGAGGGAGUAUAUCCCACCAACAACAUCAGUCAGACAGUGAACGCAAUCAAUCCCCCCGCCAACAAUGUAGUUAAUUGGGUCCAGUGUGAAAGCUGCAAAAAGUGGCGAAAGGUGGACGCACAUAUUAACAUAAACCUGUUACCGGACGAGUGGUAUUGCCAUCUUAAUUUCUGGAGCAGAUACAAUAACUGCAAAAUGGAAGAAGAAAUAUAUAUUGAAGAAAAUCUGAACGCGGAAUUGGGGCAUAGUCUGGACAAAGCACAAGAGGGGGUACUUAUGGAGGAGGAAAUCAUCCCCCCUAUGGAAGAUCCAAAAGUAGAAAAGAAAGGUAAGCGAAAUGAGAAGAAGCAAAUGAGCGAACGGGUUAGCAAGAUGAAUAAUUCCACAAAGGGGAAUGCAGUCCAAUUGCAAGAAAAAGUCAAUCACGCUGGGAAAGGAAAAUCCAAUAAAAAAAAUCGAAAUGGUAUCAAUCCCAUGAUUAGCAAUAGUGAUGUGAUCAAAACAGGAGGAAAAAAAAAUAACAUGUCGAGUAAGUCAAAUAAGAAAGUAGCAAAAGCUGAAGAUUCUUUUGUACAAAAUAUGGUAGGCAAUAGUUUGCAUAAUUUCCAGAAUAGCAUAUUCAGCGAAUAUAUGACAAAUGAAAGAGAUGACAGCGCUGUACCUUUCAGUAGCGAAUAUGAACUUCUGGAUACUGUGAGGGCUGAACAGUUUUAUAAUCCCAUCCUUAAGGACAGUUAUCACCUUCCCUUGACUUGUGCAGAAGUGGACUCUCCCCUUUUUCCAACUAACGGGGGAGAGUACAAUCCCUGCAACGAUAGUGACAUAAUAAUGAGUUAUGGCAAAAGGGCCGAGACGCAAGAGACAGAGGAAACGCAAGGAACGCAAGGAACACAGGAAGAAUUGUUUAAUAGUUUGUCGCGCGCAACGUCGGGGUCACACAGAAGACAUACUUCAGUGCAUUCGGGAAGGGAAGAACCUUAUAAAAGUGAACUUCAAAGAAGCAGUAGUUUCCUCGUGGGUAAUGAAAAUGGCUGCAUGGAGAAGAACCGCUUAGGAGCUAACCUGAUUGAGGCCACUCCCCGGGGAGGAACACCAGAAGGAGGAAGAAACCCCAUAGACGUGUUAGAGGGUGCUAGCAAAUUCUGGCAUUUGCUAAACCAUGAAAAAUUAAGUUACUACUUAAACAACACCAAUAUGUAUAAAAUGUUUCAUUCAUUGCCAAAAUAUUAUUACCAUGGGGAUGCCAGAGACAGUAGAAUCAAUGCGGAGGCCUUUCCAGAGAUUUCCAUGGAGAAUCAAAACGCAAGCGACGCCACUUCCCUUUCGGGUGUCCAUUCCGGUGUACAUUCGAAUGCCCAUCCCGAUGCCCAUUUGUCGUAUUACUCAGACCAAGGGAAGUCCAAAAGGUGCAACUCCUUUGACUUGGGGGUGACGACCACCGAGAUGAACCACUUGGGGGAGCGAAACUACCUUUCGGACAGUGUCCUCGAAAUAAAAAAACGCAAAAGGGAAUUCAUGAAGAGGAAUGGCGAAUACCGUUACACAGAUCGAGUGUCAAAAUCGUGGCAUUUUCUACAUCGGAUGAGUGAAGAUAACCACCAAGGUGGAACCAUCCCUGGAGAUUACUCUUACCAGAGGUACAGUCAAUUUUAUGGACCCAUCAAAGGUGAAUACAGUUCCUCUUACCCUGGGGCACAACCGGCUGCUUAUGGCAAAAAUAUCGUGAGAUACCUUUCUCCCCACGGGAGGAAGACUCAUUAUGCCAACCCCCUUGACAAACUGAACACCACCGUGGAGGCUUACCAACGCGACGAUGACAAGAACGAGGGAGACAAUGACAAGAACGAGGGAGACAAUGACAAGAACGAGGGAGACGAUGACAAGAACGAGGGAGACGAUGACAAGAACGAGAGCGACAAUGACGAUGCCAACGAUGACGGAAGCGAAACAAGGAACGAUCGUGGAAGCAGUCGCGCAUACCGAUAUGAAUACCGUUAUGGUGAUGAUCACCCGAAGGAGUACACCAAGGAUGAUGCGGAGCUUUGCGACAUACUGGUGCAGAGGCUGCAAAGCGAUAAGUACAAGGGGACCAUAAUUAACAGGAACACGGAUAUGGGGGUUCCCUAUGGAAGAUACGGAAGGAGAGCCACUGACAGCGACCUUGUUGGGGUGAACUAUCAUGGUGGCAACCAAAAUAAUAAUACCGAAGGAGGUGUAGUCAAGGAAAGUACUAUCAACCCCAACGAUGAUGAGCAAAUGGAAAGUAAUUUCGAGGAGGGCAAAAACCCACAAAAUAACCACAUUAAUAGCAACCAGGAGAUGAAUAACAAAAUAAAGAACCAUUACGAUGAGACGAGUGUGAUCAACCACCUAAAUGGGCAGAAGGAUAACAUAAUUGUAUCACACUACCUCCAUUACAAUUACAGUAAAGGUGAUAAGACAGAGCAACAGUUGGACGACCUGCACAAUUAUCGGCUUCCCAGUAUUAGGAUGAAUGACAGAUUUGAUAUGAUGGACCCCAGUUGCAAAGCAUUCAAAGAUGUUGAAACUUUACCAAGUGGAGCAAAGAGCAAUUCCUUCUUGGGGAGCUCAACCUUUUUCAAAGAAGAAGAGCAGGAUGUUAAUCAAUACGCGAAUCAGGUUGACCACCUGACAAAUGUGUAUGAGGAGGAGAUAUACAGAAAGGGAAGGAGCAGUGAUAACCUGUUGCCGCGAAUAUUAAAGAGCAAAUCUUUGAGUAACCUUGAAAAAAGACCAUACAUUCAUGUGGAUCGAAAUGAGCGCAACCUUCUUCCCAUUAACAAUAACACGAGCAUACCGAAAAGCAGUUCUUACAACAGAAUAAAAUCUGAUGAUUAUUUUUAUCUACGUCCAGGAGAAGUUUCAAAUGAUAACUACGUCGUGAAGAAUGACAUGGGGAGUCAGAUGGAGAAAUCCAUGAGAGACAUGUUCUUAAGUAAUUAUUACGCCAAACUGGAAAGUGAAAAAAUUGAUACUUGCAUCAAAAGCGACAUUAACAAUUUAACUUCGGAUGAUUAUAUGAAAAUAGGAGAGUACCUCAGGAGGGGGAGAAGAGAUAAUGCCACGCAGGGUCAUUAUUCUUUAAAAAAUAGCACUAAAGAGGAGGACGAAGUAGAAGAAGGAGGAAGUCGUGAUAUUAGGGGGUCUAUCACCCCGAGCAAUAAUUCCUUUCUCAGUAGCAGCUAUUUUAGUAGCCUCCCCAAUGCGUACUCUUUUGACAAGCUGAUGAUGAAAAUACCCCCUAGUGAAGAGAUGGUGGAUAGCAACCGUAGCCACCCCAGUGAUGCUGAUAUAGGACUGGGGUAUAACAAUGUCUCGUACAUCCCCACAGGAAUGGAUAUAACAUUGAAUGGGAAUAAGCAGAUGAAGAGAACCUCACAAACGAGUGUGAAGAAAAACGCCCACAAGGGUUCUGUCAUCCUGGGGAGUAGGGAUUCGAACAGUAGGAAAACUGCCACGUGCGCCUCUCACGAUAAGGGACUCCCAGAAAGUAAGAGUAAGAAUGGGAAGAUGAAGAACAAUGAGGUGGUUAGCGUGAGGGGGCAAUCAAUGAGCGUUUCCACGAGAAGGAAAACAGUGGACAAGGGAACGGAGGAGAGGAAGAAGCAAGAAAAGCAGGACAAGCUGGAAAAGCAGGACAAGCUGGAAAAGCAGGACAAGCUGGAAAAGCAGGACAAGCUGGAAAAACACGGCAAGUUGGAAAAACACAACAAGCUGGAAAAACACGACAAGCUGGAAAAACACGACAAGCUGGAGAAGAUGGAGAAGCCCACCAAACAGGACCAGUACAACGAAUACACCACGUUCAGUAUGGACUACAACGAAAGCAAAAACAUAAUAAAGGAGCUGAUUCGAAAUAGAAGCAACCUGCUAGGUGAUUCCACUCCCAGGGGAAGCAUGUUCGCCAAGUCUCCCCACAUGGGGUCGCUACUCCAGAGCGAGUCUAUCGAAGGAGGAAAAAUAAAGACGACUAUAUUGAAUGCCAAAAAUUUGAAGAAGCAUAUCUUAAGCAAUCGAGUUAUCAUAUACUCCAAAGGAGUAGCCAUCGCAUAUAACGUGGAUGAAAUUAAUAGGAAUAGCAUUUUCUUCUACACCUUUGAAGAGAGCAACAUGAACGGUAACAUAAAUAACGGUACCUUUGUCAACGGUGUUUCCACGAACAAUAAUUGGUACCACCAUAACACUGACAACCACAACAAUAACAUUAACAACAACACCAAGAGUAAAAGAAAUCACGACGACGUUAAUAAGGAUACACAGAAAGAAGAUGCAAAUAACAAUAUAUAUUUCAACUACGCUCACAACAUCAAUUUUAGUGAAAAAAAAAAUUCAGAUAAAAGUAAAUGUAAAAAAGUUACCACUUCAGUUCUUAAUUAUGAUUACAAGAGAAUUAUUGAUGAAGUUAGCCUUUUUAACAACAACAUAAAGCUGCAAAUACCUUACUUGAAAUAUAAAUUUAAAAGGUAUAUCCCUGUCGAGGAGGAUAAAAAUGAUGAGAACAAGGAGGAGGAGUGUAAUGGCACGGAGGGGCUGUCACAUCAAAUGGAAAACGAUCCCAACGGGUUGAAUACGAAGAUUCACAGCGUAGCCAUCCCGAACCACUGCAACAGUAUCGACAUGAAAAAGAAGGAGAAAAAGAAAAAGAAAAAUUCUCCCUUGAACGGGGAUGACGAAGAGAAAGAUGCAGGGAGAGGCCAAGAUCCUGUGCACUUAAGGAAUGACGCCGAUGGAACCACCCUCUCGGGGAAAGGCCCCUUGGGCAACAGCAAUCCGGCGAAAAAGAAGCAAACCGUAUUGAAAAGGGCAAAGGAGGGAGGGCCCUCCAUCGGGUUACCUGUAAAGGAAGAAAAGGGGGCGAGGAAAGGAAAACCAUCCAUCCCACUUGGUAAAAAAACGUCUGGACAAGAUAUCUUAAAUGGGUUUUCUUCAUUGGGUGAAAGUGAAAAUGCAGAUAGAAGUAAUCUACGAAGGAAUACAUCUUUCUCCAUGCGCAACGGUAGCAAUAAUAGGAACGGCAAGAACGGGGCACCAGAAUCGUGCGAGUUGUAUGUUCCACUUCAACAACGCAACGAUGAAAACACAAGAGAUGGCCGGAUCAACUCAGAUGUUACGGAAAAUAUUCCUACGAGUCAAUCCAAAGGGAACAAAAAAACAAACAAAGGGGGAGUGUUGACGGAGAAAAAAUUGAACAAUAUAGAAACAUAUCAAAAUGACCGAAGUAGCAAACAGAAGAAAAGAAAUGAGAAGAAUAAAAAAAUGGCGUCCAAUAAUGCAGAAAAUUAUGUGGAAGAAGAAACUCUCCUGGUUCAGAAGAAUGAACCGGUUGCCACUGUGGACGAAGCUCAAGAUGAUCCACAAAAGAUACGCGAUAUGGAUGCCCCCUUUGAAAGAAGUUCGAAGGAGAAAGGCGGGAAGAAGAAAAAGGGCGCACUGCAAACAGCAAGAGGGUUUACACAUGGGGAAAUCGAAAAGGAAGGAAGUGGCAAGACGGAGGAGCAAAAUGGAGACGAGAUGAAGAUUAACCCCCAUGUGAAGGAAAAUGGCAAACAUAACAACGAUGGUAGUAGAUGGCCCCCUUUAGACGAUGAAGAACAAGGGGAGCAUAAUAACCCCGAGGAUGACGCUUACAACAAGGGUGACACUCCUUCUAAGAGGAAAAACAAUUAUAGAAGAAGACAAAUAAACCAAAUGAAGAAUGUGAAAAAGGAAGAGCAAGGGGAUUGCUCGACUAGCUCUCUUGCUGAAUCUUCCAAAGAGCACCAUGAGGAUAGGAGCGAUUAUGAAGUUGAACUGAACGAAGCACAAAGGAACCUCUGUGGUGGUGAAGAUGGUAGCAAUUCUACGAAGUUAUUGGAGAAUAGCAUCUCUCGUGAUAUACUGAAUGGGGAAAACGAAGCGGCGAGUGACUAUCAGCAAAACGUUCAUUCAGGGGAGGGAAGCUCAGUUGGUGUAAAGAAGAAGAAGAAGAAAUGUUCAGAUAACGACAAGGAUAGUGUUGAUGGAAUUUCUCCCUCCGGAACUGACAUACACGUACCAACGAAAAGAAGGAAGACAACCGAUGAGCCCAGUGGUGAACGGUCAUAUGAGAAGGAUAACAAAGAGGAGACCACUACUCCAACACACAGGUUAGCAGCUAUCAAAAGGGACAGUAAGGAAGAGGAAGAGCUCGAAGUGGAAGAAGAAGAAGAAAAAGCAAGGGGAAAUUACCAUUCAAAAGAUUUAGACGAACAAAGGGGCCUUAAGAAGGGCCAUUCUCCACACAGUGAAAACCCAAAGGGGGAAAAUGACACCAUGGGUAUUCUGCAAAUCCCAUUGCAGACAGAGGAUUUUCUUCAUCGUAAGAAGACUCGUGCGAAAAAAAUAAUUUAUGACGACGAUGAGGAUGACGAAUCUGAUGUGAAUACGCAGAAGAGCCCCAAUGGGGUAGAAGCAGCAGUGGCGGGACAGGAUGAUCGAGAAAAGAAUUUUAAUAAUGAACAAGUCGAAACGGAUACGUCGUGCCGUAAGGAGGCUAAUAAUAGGAGCCAUCCCGAAGGGGUAAUAAAGCAAGCGAAAAGUAAUCAUGAAGCUGAACAUGAGAAAAGUACUUAUCGGAAGCGUAAACUAGACGAAGAGGUAAAAGGCGAUGGACGAUCGAACAGCAAGGGGAGAGAGCAAAUGUUACAUCCCCGGGAUGAGAUGGUCCGUCUACACAAGGAUAGGCACACAUCGUAUAGUCCUAUCAGAAGGAGCCAUCGUUAUGAUGAAGAGAUACAAAGAAGAGACCAAAGGAGAGGAGACACAUCCAUGGAAGUAAGGAGGAUGGAGAAGGAGGAGGAUAAGGAGUUGUCUCCGACUAACAGGAAUGAUUCAUUCGCCGAGGGAGAGACAGACGAACGGGAUCAUCGUUACGAGUACGGUGAAGGCUACCACAAGAAACCAAGGGUACACGAUUACAACCAUGACAGAGGUGAUGAUAGAGAAGUGUGGCAGAACAAUUCCAGGGGGCAUUAUAUUAAGGGUGGUUAUGACCAGAGUGAAGAGAGGCGAAGUGUGAACGGACGAGACAUUCGAAUUUCGCACUCUCCCUCCGUAGAUAGACACGAAGAUGAGCGCAGCGGCAGGUACAGCGCAAAGCACAGCGGUAGGCAUAAUGAUAAGUACAGUGAAGAGUACUUCGCCGGAUACAGAGAUAAGUACAGUGGAAGGUACAGCGGCAGGCACGGCGAUGCGCACCAUGACAGAUCAGGAAAAUCGGAUAUGUACGACCACAGGGACAGAGGCUACACUGGGCACAACGGAAACUCCUCGAGGAACGAAACGUAUACAAAGUAUGCCAACGACUACGACCACCAUAGGAAAAUUGAGAAGCGCAGUCGGUACGAGAAUCACGGCAGGCACAAACACGACAAGCACGACAAGUACGAUAAGUGCGAUAAGCACGACAAGUACGACAAGUACGAUAAGCACGACAAGUACGACAAGUACGAUAAGCACGACAAGUACGACACGUACGAUAAGUACGACAAGCACGACCAGCAUGAUAACCGAGCAAACAAAUACGAACCGCAAAACGAAAGGAACGACGAAAAUAUGAGGAGGCAUGAAAGCGAACAAUUUAAAAACGGUAAUUAUGAGAAGAGACAUAAUAAUAAUACCAACACGAGCGGUCGCAGCAGUAACCGCAGCUCUCUUAACCGAAACAACAGUCAUGCGGAUGAUGCAGAAAAAAAGGAGUUCCCAAAUGGGAGUUAUAAAAGGGAAAGGGAAGAACGGGAGCGAUUCGACGGAAAAUCAGAAGAACAGGAAAACAAGAAGUACACAAAGUACGCAGAAAAAAAAAGUCGGUACGAAUAUGUGGAGAACGACUACAAAGGAGGAAGGUACGUGGACAGCGAUAAGGAUGAAAAAUAUUUUGGCAGAAGGAUUAAACAGAGUAAUCAUUACCACUUUCAGGAGAAUGAGCAUAAGCAUUAUUCGAGCGCCUACAGUGGGUAUGGAAGCCAGGGAGAUAAGUUCCACCGGCAUGGCGGCUACCAUGGUGGCUACAAUGGUGAUGACCACAGCCAUCACAACGGUCAGCAUCACCAUCACAAUCACCACGACCGUCAUUAUCACCGCCACGGUUCUCCCAGCAAUAAACUUGUUAACAAGAGCUACAAAAAUUAG